AUGAUUUCACUCGGUGCUUGCCCUAAAAUACACGUAAGCUGUCGCAUAGGAUAUGUUCGUGCGCGAAAACGAGCGUUUGGAACUCGAGUGACCGCCCAUAACCCUGGAGUUGGCGAUGUUUCGCGCAUACAUGAUGCCAUGAGAGCGCGAUACGGUAAAACAUCACAACGUGUUUUAGACAGCCUCGCGUUCGCGGCUACUGGUCAAGAGUACACCCGUUUCCAUCCUGGAAAAGGACUGCAGAAAGCGUCUUCAUACAUCGAGGGACUGUCUGCGAAGCCUUUUCACGACGUCAGUGACCUGGAUUACGAGUGGUUGAGAGGACUGGAAAGAGACUACCCAGUCAUUCUAGAUGAACUGGUUAGCGCAUUAACGAAUCCGCAGCUCUCGACAUUUGGUAAUCGCAUUUGGGCAGCAGCAGCUAGAGAAGAGGCCGUCGCAUAUGGCCCAGACUGGAAGACGUUGGUGCUGCAGGACCGAUGUGUUUGGGAUGAAACAAACGCAUCUCUGUUUCCCAAAACGGUUGAAAUUCUCAAAAACCACAAUGUGCCUUCUGUUGAAGCGUUUUUUGCUCGACAAGCGCCGAGUACGGGAAUCAAACCCCACAGUGACUACACAAACUUCAUACUCACUUCACACUUGGGAUUGGACGUGCCAGAAGGCCAGUGUUGGAUGAAAGUUGGUGAAUUCAAAAAGGACUGGGUGAACGGCGGUGGAAUGAUAGUAGAUACAAGUUUUGUUCACAGUACUGCGAAUGAAAGCGAUUCGAAAACACGUUACGUCCUCAUCAUCCGCUUUUGGCAUCCUGAACUUACCCUGGCCGAACGACAAGCGCUUCAAUUUCUGUUCGAAGCACUAGAUGAUCCAUCAGAUGAAGGGAUCGCACUCGCGAUACGAACUGCGUCGCGUCGCGAGGCAACUUUGAAAUCGAGCUCGGGGAGUGCAAAGAAGGGAUGCGCAGAACAUCGAAGUUUAGGACUUCUAUCUAAAGGAAUGAAGUGA